CUGUUCGACGAGUCCACGGAAGCAACCCGGAUGUGCUUGGGGAGCAGUGUUGGCAGUCUGCGCGCUGAGGUUUGGGCGCCCUUGGGGUGCUGAGGGCUAGGCUGAUGGCUCAGGACUGGGCGGGAUUCUCCGAGGAAGAGUUGAGGAGACUAAAGCAGAAUAAAGAUCCAUUUGAACCUCAGCGCCGUGUCCCUGUGAAAAAAACUCGACAACAGAUUCAGCGAGAAAAGGCCCUUCUAGCACAGAGCCAAAAGCUUGGUCUCCAAGAUGGGUCAUUACCUCCAGAGCAGCUACUCUCCACACCCAAGCAGGGAGCGAGCAAUCAGAAACCACGUCCUCCUUCCUCAGAUGCCCCUAGUCCUCUCACGCUUCCCGCUUCCCCUGGAAAUGGAAAGCCACCAGGUGUUGAAAGUCAACCACGGGAACCAGGACUUGAGAAUUCCCAUCAUGGUCACAGAAAUGCUGAGAUCCGAACUCCAAAGCCAAAUUGCCAAGUGGAGAAAAAGAAAAUGGAAUUGCAAGAAAAAUCUCGGUGGGAAGUCCUCCAACAAGAACAGCGACUAAUGGAAGAGAAAAAUAAACGUAAGAAAGCCCUUUUGGCUCAAGCAAUUGCGGAAAGAUCUAAAAGGACUCAAGCAGAGACUAUAAAACUAAAGAGGAUCCAGAAGGAGUUACAGGCCUUAGACGACAUGGUGUCGGCUGACAUUGGAAUCCUCAGGAACAGAAUUGACCAGGCCAGCCUAGAAUACUCCUAUGCACGGAAGCGCUACGACCGGGCUGAAGCGGAGUACAUUACAGCAAAGCUGGAUUUACAGCGUAAAACUGAGGCAAAAGAGCAGCUCACCGAACACCUCUGCACCAUCAUCCAGCAGAACGAGCUCCGGAAGGCCAAGAAGCUGGAGGAGCUGAUGCAGCAGCUGGACGUGCACGCCGAUGAGGAGGCUUUGGAGCUGGAGGUGGAGGUUGAACAGUUGCUUCGAGAACAGGAAGCGGAGGCAGGCAAGCGAGUGGUUCCUGUAGAGAGGCUGUGCCAGCCUGGUGUGGGGAGUGUGUCUUCAGGAGUGAUUGAAGAGAACAAAGAGCCUCGAGAGCAAGCUGGGUCUCCACAGGCAGACAAGCCUGGCAGACACUGCAGCAGCACUCCCCCUAGACCAGACUGCUCAGAUGGAGCAGCCCAGAACUCUUCAGCUGCUGUGGCCACAUGAGGGGCUGGCGGUGUUUUCAGUUACUGUGUCCUGCGGUAAUUGUAGCCUGCCUGAUAAAACAUCUCUAAACCUGUUUGUAUUUGAAUCCGUGC